ACUCUGAUAUGAUGAGCAGUGUAGCCGGAAAUGAUCUUUAAUCCCACAGUUUUCCCCGUUUUAAUAAUCAGAUGUCACAGCCCCCGUUCAUCCAUCAGGCUCAACAGUUGGCUUCCAAGUCUGAACAGGAGCAGGAAGGUGAAUGGGACGUCAAGGAAGGUGAAUGGGACCUCAAAAGUGUGAUUUGUACAUGACUGUGUGUUAAAGUGUAAACAUUAAGGUUCUUCAGUGUGUGUGGUCUUCAGUCCAAAAUUCUGGCUGUUCAACGGAAUGCAUCUGCUGCUGCUUAUUUCAUUCUGCCUCAGUCUCUGUUCCUCUGCGCUGAGUGCAGCAGUAACACCUCCAUGUAGUUCUGUAUACAGGGGCUUUGCUGAGUGUCUGGUCACUUUGGGUGACAGUGUGAGCUCCAAGACUGAUAAUCCACAGGACAUCAACUCCAUUUGCAAGUCAUGGGAUGCUUUCCAGGUGUGUGUGAGCGGUGUGUUGUCGGGUUGCCGAGGUGAUGCAGCAGAAAUUUGGGAAUCUCUAGGAGCGGAGUCACGAAAAACAGCAUUUGCUGGUAACCUCUACGACAUUUGUGCCAGUCGUACUGAAGCUGUGACUGCAACCACGCCUCUGGUUCCUAACGCUGACCAAUCUAACCAGGAAACACUCAAAGGACUUGCACAUACAGUCAGCCACUCAGUCAGUAAAGAGCUGCUCCUGAUAUGUUGUUCUCUUCUCCUGCUGCUUUGGAUGUAAUCUAUUCAUUUAACAUAGCUGAACUGAUGCCAAUGACAAGCACAUAUCAGCAUAGACUCUUUAUCUUGGUAUACUUUAUUUUAUUGAAUGUGUAAGCUCUUUGUUAAGAUAUUCAAGUCACUUAUGUAUUUGCUUGUUUAAAAACACAUGACAGGGAUGUUCUGAACUAUCUACAGAAUCUAAUCUAAUUUUGGACAGGAUUUAAUAUCUGCAGUUUGUGUCAAAAGACCAUAAUUCUAUAUUACUAUAUAUAUUUAUAUUAAUAAAUAUUAUAUUAUUAUAUUGUAUAAUUAUUCUAUAAAUAUAUAUACACUACCAGUCAAAAUGUUUUUUAAAACAUUAAGUAUCUUCUGCUC